AUGGGUGUGGAGGAGUCCGGGGGUGUGGGAAGUGAAUGUGGAAAAUCGCCAGGACCGGGGCGAAGAACGAGUGCCGGGGCUGCAGAGGAGGCUCGAUCCGAGUUGGGCCGUGUAGAGUUGGGUGGUGUGUGUUGGUCGGUGGAACGUGGUGUCCGAAUUGCCCUGCUUUGUCUGGAGCGGGUCCGUGGUGGAGAACGAGGAAGCACAGCCCUUGCUUGUGAGCAACUGGACCCGGGUUACCUAGCCGCUGCCGUGGUCCUGGAGUCGGCCGUUGCACAGGCAAUGGCUUUCUUCAACGUGCAUGUGCAGCACAACUCGGAGCCUCAGCCCCAACUGCCCAAGCCCUUCUCCGGUCCGAAGCUGAACCUGGAGCCCGCGCAUUCCUUGCUGCAAGACCUGGAGGGCCGACUCAGAUGGACAGUGCCCUUUUUGUGGCCGAGCUACGCCACCGACUGGCGGUCCUGGAAGCAACCGAGAAAGAGCGCGCGGGCUGCUGCUCAGCGACCAGAAGAGGUUGCAAACCAACAUCGCCGCCCAGCGGAUAUUUUCCUACCCAGCUUCAACGGUGUUCCUGCUGCACUUGACCUGGCCAUCACAGCCCCACAGCGGCAAGACAUCGUAGCGCUGGCUGGAGCAACAUCCUUGGCAGCGGCAACCAGCUGUGCUGCCACGAAGGCCUCCCACCUGAACACAGCCACUCUUUGCGCACAGCAAGGGGUCCACUUCAUGCCGGUUGUGGCCGAGUCAACGGGCGCCUGGGAGCCCGAAGCCAGCAAACUGCUCCUGCAACUUUCCCCGAGCACGGCAGCUCAAGCUGGGGAGGAUGCUGCUGCCCUCCAUGCAGACCUCCUGCAAGAACUGUCCGUUGUCAUCCGUAGCCACAGGGUUUUCAAGCUUCAAUUGCCGAACCUGGAGCUGCGUUUUUUAGCAUCUUCCAUUCGUUGCGGCCUGGGAUCAAGCGGGAUUCGCACCCUCAAACCGCACGGUGGGACGUGGCCCUUCAACAUGGCGGACAAGAACCCCAUGCGCCAGAUUCGGGUGGAGAAGUUGGUGCUCAACAUCAGUGUGGGUGAAAGUGGUGACAGACUCACCCGAGCAGCAAAGGUCUUAGAUCCUUGGCAGAGCAGAGCCCGCAUGACCAUUCGUCAGUGGAGCGUCCGCCGCAAUGAGAAGAUUGCUUGCCACGUGACAGUUCGGGGAGAGAAGGAGAUUCUGGAGAAGGGCUUGAAGGUGAAAGAGUACGAGCUGCGAAAGAAGAACUUCGCCAGGAACGGCAGCUUUGGCUUUGGCAUCACCGAGCACAUUGACCUGGGCAUCAAGUAUGACCCUGGCACCGGCAUCUACGGCAUGGAUUUCUACGUGCACCUUUCUCGCCCUGGCAGCCGAGUGAAGAACCGCAAGUUGAAGGUGGGCAAGGUGGGCGCAUCCCACAAGCUGAAGAAGGAGGAUGGCAUCGGGUUUCCGGUCAUGGCGGACAAGUCGGAGAACCCCAUGCGCCAGAUUCGGGUGGAGAAGUUGGUGCUCAACAUCAGUGUGGGUGAAAGUGGUGACAGACUCACCCGAGCAGCAAAGGUUUUAGAGCAGCUGACAGAGCAGCAGCCAGUGUUUUCGAAGGCCCGCAUGACCAUUCGUCAGUGGAGCGUCCGCCGCAAUGAGAAGAUUGCUUGCCACGUGACAGUUCGGGGAGAGAAGGCCGAGGAGAUUCUGGAGAAGGGCUUGAAGGUGAAAGAGUACGAGCUGCGAAAGAAGAACUUCGCCAGGAACGGCAGCUUUGGCUUUGGCAUCACCGAGCACAUUGACCUGGGCAUCAAGUAUGACCCUGGCACCGGCAUCUACGGCAUGGAUUUCUACGUGCACCUUUCUCGCCCUGGCAGCCGAGUGAAGAACCGCAAGUUGAAGGUGGGCAAGGUGGGCGCAUCCCACAAGCUGAAGAAGGAGGAUGGCAUGAAAUGGUUCCAGACCAAGUACGACGGUAUCCUUCUGAACUGA